AUGUUGUUUAUACUUCUAACGACCAUUUCAAGUGCAUACCUGACUCCAUUGUCCGAUUGUCAAGCAGCAAGAAUUACUUAUUAUGAUAGUUAUAGCUCAGAAAAUGUACGUUGUCAGUUGGGGACUGCUAAUAUGGACACACUCUUUCGUUGCGCACCCAAUACAGCUUUUCUCAACAAGGCUUCUCAGUGUGGUAUAUGUUAUGAAGCUGUUGGUGAGUUAGGUUCUGUACGAUUUAUGGUGACUGAUGAGUGUCCUGCCAGUUCUAACAGUGAACAUUGCUCGGGUGAUUACACACACUUUGAUAUGGCUGCAAAUGCUUUCCCGAGUCUAUGUAAAUCAUCAUUAGGAAUAUGUAACAUAACAUAUAGAAUGGUUGCUUGUGACCACACGGGGAAUAUCCAAGCGAAACUCAAAGAUGGUUCAGGCAAUGGGUACAUUGGUGCAAUUUUUCGAAACCACGUUGUUGGAAUAAAGAAAGUGCAAAUUUCGUUGGGUGGAAAUACACACGAUUUGACACGAGACGAGUCGAACCAAUGGGAGUACAAUGGAAUCUUGUCGUUGCCAAUCACUUACUUGAUAACGUCAAUCGAUGACGACACAGUCAAUUUGGUUAUCAAUGAUUACUCCACAACAACACUCCACGAAGCAGAAAGGAACUUCAAAAUCCCACAAGACACAUUCUUCGACAUCUCGACACUUCAAAAAACUACAAAGACAAGCUCACAAGAAUGUUGUCAAAUGCCUGAGUACAACACGGUCUAUACUGAUCGUUUUGAGACUCCAUUUUUGUUCUUAACUGGAGGAACUAAAAAUGAGUGUGACUCAAAUAAAUAUGAGGGAAGCUGUGCGGUUUCUGUUAAGAUAGCACAAUGGGGAUACUUCAAAAUUACAACGGGAGACCACCAAUUGUACGCCAAGUCGAUCAAAGCAGUCACAUUCUAUGCAAAGGCAACAAAAGCAUCAAAUUUGGAUUUGUGGGCUGAGACCGUUUCGGGGUUCAAAAAAACAAUUUCAAUGACAACUAAUUUCCAGAUGUACACAAUUAACUUGAGUGAAAUGGGUGUGAAAGAAAGCGACCAAUAUUGGUACGGCAUUCAGUUCCAAAACACUGACCCAAGUGAAGUCACGUACUACUUGGACGCAAUAAUAUUGGUCUACGACGACGAGGUGUGUACAGAAAAGUGUUCUGAUCACACAUCAACUUGCAAAACAAUUGUUGAGAGUAGUGACGAUACAUCUUCAGCUCAAAAGAGUUCACAACCCGACGAGAGCAGUAGUAGUGAAGGUAAAGAAAGUAAUGCCAUGAGUAGCGACAACACACAAUCAAGUGAAGAGAGUAGCAACAAUAGCGGUGAAAGCAGUGGCAAACCAAGUGGUGAGAGUAGUGAAAGUAAAGAAAGUAGUGAUAAACCGGGCGUCAUAAGUAGUGACAACACGCCAUCUGGUGGAGAGAGUGGAAAUAAUGAAGAAAGUAAAGUCCCGGGGCAAGACGGAAGUAUUUCUAUUUUCUGUUUAACUGCUGCCUUUAUCUGUGUUGUCGUUCUGGUUUAA